CUAAUCCGGUUACAGAAUGGCUAAAGCAGCUUUAGGUGGAGGGCGGAUUAUUUUUCCCUUCGUUCGCCUUGUGUUUUCGACUCUGAAAGAAUGUUGUGGCUCCUCGUUUUUCUGGUGACUGCUGUACAUGCUGAACUCUGUCAACCAGAUGCAGAAAAUGCUUUUAAAGUGAGGCUUAGCAUCAGAACAGCUCUGGGAGAUAAAGCAUAUGCCUGGGAUACAAAUGAAGAGUAUCUGUUCAGAGCCAUGGUGGCUUUCUCCAUGAGAAAAGUUCCUAACAGAGAAACAACCGAAAUUUCCCAUGUCUUACUUUGCAAUGUAACCCAGCGGGUGUCAUUCUGGUUUGUGGUGACAGACCCUUCAAAAAAUCACACCCUUCCUGCUGAUGAGGUACAGUCAGCCAUAAGGAUGAAUAGGAACCGGAUCAACAAUGCCUUCUUUUUGAAUGACCAGACUCUGGAGUUUUUAAAAAUCCCUUCCACUCUUGCACCACCCACUGACCCAUCUAUGCCCAUCUGGAUUAUUAUAUUUGGUGUGAUAUUUUGCAUCGUCAUAGUUGCAAUCACGCUAUUGGUUUUAUCAGGAAUCCGGCAACGUAGAAGGAAUAACAAAGGACCAUCGGAAAUGGAUGACACUGAAGAUAAGUGUGAAAACACAGUCACAAUUGAAAAUGGCAUCCCCUGUGACCCCCUGGAUAUGAAGGGAGGGCACAUUAAUGACACCUUCAUGACAGAGGAAGAGCGGCUCACCCCUCUCUGAAGGGCUACUGCUUUGCUUCCCCAAGAAUCUCAACACUUGUUUUUGUGCAACUGUUGAGCACCACAAAUUAU